AGGGAAGGCGCCAAGAGCAUUAAUCGGCUCCCACUACCGGCUGCAGCACCAGUUGCAACCUUCUCCCAUCGCGGCUGCUCUGAACGGGCAGUGGGCACCCCGUUCGCCGUCAUGUUGCUGCUUCUGAUCGCUGCCAGCGUCCUCCUCGUCCCCGGUAUCACCUCCACGGCCCCGGGCCAAGACUCUAAGGCCACUCGAUUCGUCUGCACCUCGGUGCCAUUGGAUGCAGACCCCAGCUGCCCAGCACAAGCUGUGCCCAUGCCAGUGAGCACAGCCCAAGAGCAGGAGCUUCGUGCCACCGUCAUGCAGCUGAGGGAGACCAUCCUACAGCAGAAGGAGACCCUGGGGAACCAGAAGGAGACCAUCAAGGAGCUGACCAGUAAGCUGACCAGGUGCGAGAGUGCCCAGUUGGAUGCCAGGUACAAGGGCAGCCGCAGGAAACAGCAUGUGCCUGGCAAAGACACCAUGGGGGACCUGCCCCGCGACCACAGUCAAGUGGUGGAUCACCUGGGCAGGACCAUCCAAGCGCUGAAAGACCGACUCGGGACUCUCGAGCAGCAGACACACCCCAAUUUUUCCAACCAUACUUUCCCCAGUGACCUUCGUGAGCAGCUACAGAGGAAGCUGGGAGAUUUGGAAAGUCAAUUGUUAAACAAAGUCUCUGAACUUGAGGAUGAGAAGUAUGUUCUUCUGAAUGAGUCAGCAGCGCAUCGGUACAAGACAGAGUCUGCUCUCAAUGCCUUGCAUGAAAGGGUUACUGAACUAGAGAAAGAGAGCAGUGGCUUUAAGUCACCUGAUGAUUUCAAGGUGUCGCUACCUUUGCGAACUAAUUACCUGUUUGCCAGGAUAAAGAAGAGUCUCCCUGAAAUGUAUGCCUUUACAGUGUGCAUGUGGAUCCGCUCCAGGGCAUCGUCUGGUAUUGGAACACCCUUCUCUUAUGCUGUCUCUGGACAAGCUAAUGAAAUUGUGCUAAUUGAAUGGGGAAAAAAUCCAAUUGAAUUACUUAUUAAUGACAAGGUUGCCCAGCUGCCAAUCAAUAUUGAUGAUGGCAAAUGGCAUCAUAUUUGUAUAACAUGGACCACCAGGGAUGGCAUGUGGGAAGCUUUUCAGGAUGGCCAGUCACAAGGCACAGGAGAGAAUCUGGCGCCUUGGCAUCCUAUCAAAGCAGGUGGUGACUUGAUCCUGGGACAGGAGCAGGACACAGUUGGAGGGAGGUUUGAUGCAACACAGGCGUUUGUUGGAGAACUGAGCCAGUUCAAUAUCUGGGACCGCAUCCUCACUCCAGAAGACAUCAGAAGCAUGGCCAACUGUUCUGCUAACCUGGCUGGCAACAUCAUUCCCUGGAUUGACAACAAUGUGGUUGUGAAUGGUGGAGCCACUAAGUUGCCACUGGAGACUUGCAAAGAGCGCUUGGUUAGUUCCUGAUCACUGGUCAGGAUUCACUUAAGUGCCAGUUUCUUUUCAUACAGACAAUUUUCUGUGAUAUGGUGAAACGUAUAUUCUUUUCCCCAGCUGAAUUUGCCCUUCCUGGGAGGGAGUAAGGACUGUGGUAUUUUAUUCUGUCUUUCAAACUAAAUGAUGCCGUCAGCGAUAUAUCAGUGGGUAGCACACUUGUCAGAAGAUGAUGUGUUUAGGCCCUAACCAGACAUUUAAACAUAAAAAAUAUCCAAGAGAACAUCCCCGGUGCAGUUUUGCAGGAGUGUUGCACAUUUAGAUGUGCCAUUUUCAAGAGAGGGGAUGAACAGAGGCCCUGGUCAUUUACUUCAAUGGGUGCUAUAACAUCUCUCAAAUCUAUGUGAAGCUGACCAGUUGAGAGCUGCCCCUCCCCAUUCCCUACCCAUCAUAUUGAAUAUUUAUCCACCAAUUAAUAUCACUUAUAAGUAGGAAAUCUGAUUAGUAUCAAAUUCCUGUUUGUGGGAUCUUGUUGUGCACAAAAUGGCUGAUGUCCUUCCUGCAUUAUAACAGUCAUUACAAUUCAAAACAUAAUUAAUUGGCUACAAAGCAUGUCUGGACAUUUCAAGGUCACAAAAGGCACUAUAUAAACAUGAGUUCCUUUUUUUCUAAUGAGCACAGCUGUCUGGGAAGAUAUUGCUGCCUGAAAUAAUAUUUCGAAAGCCGAUUGAUUUGUAUUGUGUUGCACACUUAUCACUAUGGCCCAUAUUUUGCAAUCAUCUGCAAAGAUACUGAACUUGAAUAAAUUUGCCCACAAAGUUCAGAUCUGGUUUGGGUUUCCCUUUCUCAACUUAAGUUUGAAUCUAACAAGAAGUCAAGGGAAUUCCUCGGUUUCCAGUCAUAAUGAUGCUAUCAAACAGAGUAGACAUCCAAUCACAUUAAAGUAUUUUCACAAGCAGCAAACUAGGAAGUCAAAAUACAAUGAUUAUCCUUCACUUCUGGCUACAUCUUUCAGAGGCCAAAUUAAAUACUAAGAAAUACCCAUGGGUUUGCGUUAAAUGUAUAAAUAUCACAAAGUUUUUUUAAAAAAUCUUUAAGAACAUAUGAGGUGUUUUUAAAAUGAAGAGAUGUGAUGUUCUACAAAUAAAUUACUCUUCCAGGGCCAGGGAGGUUUUCCAGUGGAAAUUAUGAAUUUUAGUACACCAUCAAAAAUCCACAUAAACAUCAUUCAUCAAGGUGUAGUUUUUACUACUUUCACUGUGAAAUUAAUAGCAAAAAGAGCAAAUUAUUGUUGGUUCAGUAAUGUCUACUUGAGAGCAGUCUGUGGGGACUUCAACAAUGCAUCCUAUGAGGAAGCAUGGAUUACUGACAGCAACAUCUGGAUUUCCAUGUUUAACUGCUCACACGUAGAUUCCUGGAGCUACUGUCAGUUUUAGAGGUGUCAUGAAAGUGAAUGCUGACACUUCAUUAUCAUUACUAUCACAGAGUCAAUCUUUCUAGUAUUCCCAUUUCUAUGUCACAGAAUUCAGCUGGGGAAAAGAGGAGCUAUAGAAGCCUCCCCGUUGUAACAUGCUGUCUGUUUUGCAGUCACUUUAUCUGCUAGUAGUCACAGGGCAAAUAGAUAGUUCAGCCAAACAAAGUAGCACAACUUUUUCACUCUGUUGCUUUUAUUCUUGACGUUUGAGAAAAGUCAAAGUUUAUUGUUUUCUUGCAUUGAUGUCAUUUUCUGUACAUAUCUAAUGAAAUACAGAGUGAACAACCAACUGUUUUAAUGAAUAGGAUGACAACUUGUAAACUUAUUUUCAUCAUCUUCAACAAACAGACUUUCUUUUCAAAUUGAUCACCUGAGAAUGAUAGAUUUAAAUUAGUUUUAUUCUGAAUUUGAAUGGCUUCAUUAAAUGCUUUGUGCCAAAGGUACUUUAUCCAAAUUUCAGAUGAUGUAAAGCACUUUUUUUUAAAGGACUGAUAUGCUUUAAAAAUUUGAGACUAGCUUGUCUUCUGUCCUUCAGUUGUGGCUUGUUAUACUGUUUGUGCUAUUGCCAGUUCACCAAAACCACAGUCUCUCAUUCAAAGGCCAUUCUGCUACGGUAGUAGGUGGUUUGACCUUGAAGAGCAUCUUUUAGGUGUCCAGUCCUGUCCUCACAUGUGCAUUCUCAGUUGGAACUAGAAAAUCAGGCUGAUGUUUCUUCAUCUCCUACCCUCCUCACCCUGGACACUUGGGCUAAUUCUAACACUCCCAUCUCUGUGUGCCAUUAGUAAACCCAGCCUGACCUCAGCAUUAAAUGCAAUUGUUUCUGGUCCCGACAUUGUGACUUCCCUUACUGAACCCUAAAAAGGGCAUUGAAACUCACUUGAAAAGGAAUGGAGAAAGAAAAUAAUGUUAGAUGCAAUUUUCAGUCAAAUGGGGUUGCAAUAUGAAUAGGAGAAUGUGGAAAUCAUGCCUGCUAGAAACCAGUAUGAAGUUAAAAUGAUAAAAUGUGAGGCUGGAUGAACACAGCAGGCGUGUUAUCAGAGAUGAAGGGUCUAGGCCCGAAACGUCAGCUUUUGUGCUCCUGAGAUGCUGCUUGGCCUGCUGUGUUCAUCCAGCCUCACAUUUUAUUAUCUUGGAAUUCUCCAGCAUCUGCAGUUCCCAUUAUCUCUGAAGUUAAAAUGACCUGUAAUUCAACAGCCUCUCUAUUUGAAGAUAACUGCUGUUAUUUAAAGGAGCUAAUUAACAAAAAGCAUGCUAUUUAAACUUUGUGAAAUAGUGACAGAAGCAAAGAAUUUCAUGCUUUUAAGAUGCAGAUAUUUCCCACCAUGUAAGAUAGAGGGGCUUAGAAAAAGAACAUCUGCUGACUGGACUUUGUUGUAGCCGAUAGCAAGUGAGAGUGAAACAGUUCUUGGGUAGGAGCACAAAACGGGUAACUAACCAUCAAUAGGCAGCACACCGUAAUUUACGAGAUGGGAAAGCAAAGUUAGUAAGUUUGGGUAAUAUUGCUGUCAGAACCAUUCAUUGCCACUUUUACUCUGAUUGAUUUACCUGACCAAGCCUGGAAUGGAGUGGAUGUUAAACAUCGUUACACAAGUAAUUUACAGUCAGCAGGCUAAUUUAUUCGAUAGUGUUCUCUUCCAUUUCUGAUGCUACUGAGAUUGGCAGAUGACACCUUAGUGUCUAUGACAUUGCAUUCUUGGUGCUGGGUGUUGAUAGGAUACUUGACCUUCUGAACGGUCACAGCUAAUAUCAGUCCAGUUCUGCAUGAUGCCUAUACAUGCUCACCUUCCAUUUCAAGUUACUGAGACAUUAUAAGGAGUGGAGGCACUCACCAAUUUAUCCCCUUUCUCCAUAACAAAGAUCAAUUGUGGAAUUUCCAGUUGAGAUUAACUGAGAAUUGGCAUCCUUAAAGGGAACAGCUUGACCCUGGGGUAACGCAUCUCUCAAUGAGGAAAACAAUUAGCAUCCAACCGUAUGAGAUCUGAGCUGCAAAAAUCAGUCUAUUUGGCCCAUUAUGCUUGUUCUUGCUUUUCAAAGUGCAAGUGAAUUAAUCUCACUUCUCUACCCUUUAUCCAAUUUAUUUUUCUUUUCAUGUAAUUGUCCAAUUUUAAUUUGGAAGUAACAUGUGAAUUUGCUUCCCUGCCUUUUCAGCCUGUGCAUCCCAAGCUGCAACAAGUUGCUGCAUAAAGGAAUUUGUUCUCCUCUCCUCUCGGGUUCUUUUAACAAUUACCUUAAAUCUCUUUCCUUUGGUUAUUGACCUUAUUACCAAUGGAAACAGUUCCACAUUACUAAGAUGUGAGUAAGAAACACAACAUUUACAAGAUUUUCUGGAUCGAUCAAAAGACCUAGAACUAUGUUUGAGAUUUGGUGUGGUUUGUAUGAUCAUUAUGACUACACUAAUCAAUGUGUUCAUACUGAGAUCCUGUCUUAGUGGUUGAUGCAAUCAUGUUAAACCAAAUUGAAAUGGGCUUAAAAAUGGAAAUACUGCAGGUAGGAAUUUGCUGUAACUUGUUAAUUGAUACACCCCAUUAGUAGCAAGUGCAAAUUACAUUCCAUAAAUCCUUAAGCACAUUUACAUAGAGAGAAAAAAUUCAUUUACAAAAGAAAAAGAGUGAUUUUGACUUUGUGAUAGCAGGAAAAUGGGUGGUAAAAUGUCACUUAUCCAUUAUGCUGGUGCCAGCUCUUUGAAAGAAAUAUCCCAUUAGGCUACUACCCCUGAUCUUUCUCAAAAACCCAUGAAUUUUUCUCUCCUUUAUGCACUUAUUUAAUUCUUUAUCCCAAGUCACGACUGAAUUUGCUUGCACUAAUUUUAAGUCAGUAUGCUUCAGAUCAAAAUACUCACUGCAAAAUACAUUUUCAUCUCACCUCUUGUUCUUCUGCUGAUUAUCUUAAAGUUGUAUCCUCUAAUUACGAAGCUGUUGACUUUGCAAACAAUUUAUCCUGAUGUACUUGUCUAAAUCCAUUUUGAACUCCUUUAUUAAAUAUCUCCUGAUUUUUAUUUCCUUUGGAUUCAAUGUACAGCAGGCAGCUGGUUCACUAGUACCCUAUUUAAACCUUCACAGAACGUCACGAUCUCUGCAAUCUCCAGAGCUUGUGGUUCAAUGAAUAGAGAUACAAUUAAAUUGUCUUAAGCUUAUGUUGAAAGUAGCCAGGCUUCAUGCUUGCUGCAUGGUCUACCCUUUAUCCGGAUCCCAUUUUUCUGAUUUUAAGAUGGCUGUUGAAAGAAAUGUGUCUUUCUUUGUCAUGCAGGACUAUGUUAUUUUGUCUGUCUUUGUGGAAUUGUUUCCUGUGUGCCAGUAUAAUUGUUUUUACGAGAUACUGGCCAUUUCUUUUAUUGUGUGGUAUUUGAGUUUAAAGAAGCAUCUUGGAUUUUUAAGAUGAUAAGUUUGCAUCUUAUUACUUUUUUCUCAUUACAUCUACUGGAUACAUGAAUGCCUUUAGUCCUCUUGUUUAUUUGAUGUUUUUGCAUCAAAAUGAUUGUUAUAUCUUUUGGUAAAAAAGAAAAACUGAAUAAAAAUGAAUGCAUUAUAUUAGUACAUCAAGAA